AUGCUGGAAGAAUUAGAAGAAUUUGAGGGUCCUGGAAAUGAAAGGGCAGAAGCACAGCCUCCUAGUACACAAGAGAAGGGCAAGAAGAAAUUACUUGGCCCAGCUGUCAACUACCUCAUGGGACCAAGAUUUCUUGUCUAUGUAAGCUGUGCACUUUCAAUAUGGGGGGACCGCAUGUGGCAUUUUGCCAUUUCUGUAUUCCUCAUUGAACUCUAUGGGCACAACCUGCUGCUAACAGCUGUUUUUGGCUUAGUGGUAGCCGGUUCUGUACUGGUGUUCGGAGCCAUCAUUGGUGACUGGAUUGACAGAAAACCCAGAAAUAAAGUUGCUCAUGCAUCACUAUUCAUUCAGAAUUCGUCUGUCACCGCUUGCUGUAUAGUCCUGAUGUUGGUAUUCUCCUAUAAAAAUGAAAUAGAACAAAUAUGGCAUGGCUGGCUUACAAUAUUCUGCUAUGGAGUGGUUAUUAUUUUAGCAGAUCUGGCAAAUCUUGCAAGCACUGCGCUAACCAUAACCAUUCAGAAAGAUUGGAUCGUAGUUAUUACAGGAGAUAACAGAAGCCAACUGGCUGGGAUGAAUGCGACUGUGAGAAGGAUGGAUCAAGUAAUUAAUAUCUUUGCCCCAUUAUCUGUGGGUCAGGUCAUGACUUGGGCCUCCAAUGUGGUUGGCUGCGGUUUCAUUCUUGGUUGGAAUCUGGUUUCGCUGCUCGUGGAAUUUAUUUUCCUCUCCAGAGUUUAUAAAAUGGUUCCUCAGCUGGCUGUAAAACCACAGCAAUCCAUCGGAGGGCAUUACAUCGAGCGCCAGCUGGAGCUUAUAAAUGUGCAAGGUGACCUGCCAAUCUGCGCAGUCAUAAGUGACUUCAUUAGUACUCCAACAAUUCCUAGUGUAUCAGAUAAAGAGGAGCCCCGAACUCCAGAGCCCACAGCAGAGGGCACUUCGGCACUUCCAGGUUGCUUCCAAGAUGUCCGCAGGAUGCUACGCACCUGUACAGACGGAUGGAAAUCCUACUACAGACAAUCUGUCUUUUUAGCAGGUUUAGGAUUGGCCUUCUUGUACACCACAGUACUGGGCUUUGAUUGUAUUACUACAGGUUAUGCCUACACUCAGGGGAUAAGUGGCUCUCUGCUCAGCAUACUUAUGGCCGUGUCUGCCAUCUCAGGGUUAAUGGGCACGUUUCUGUUUACCAAGCUCAGAAGACAUUAUGGCUUGGUGGUCACAGGAAUUAUAUCCAGCUGCCUCCAUGUUAGUUGUUUAAUGCUUUGCGUAUUUUCAGUCUUCGCCCCUGGAAGCCCAUUCGACUUGGGCAUUUUCUCUGUCAUUAUCGGUAUGAAUUCUUCUUCAAACACCGAGAAACUGCAUCAGAACCAACUCCAUAUUUAUCCAUCUCAAGGGAAUAUCAACCAGCCCAUCCUCUCCGACCGCUCCUCAAUCCACUGGACUAACAAUACUGUGUUGUUUGAGAGCGUCCGUGCCGGUGAUCUUCCGGACUCCUACAUCUCAAUCAUACUGCUGUUUUCAGGAGUAAUAUUGGCGAGAGUGGGUCUCUGGUCCUUUGAUUUAACUGUGACUCAGCUUCUCCAGGAGAACAUCCCGGAAUCAGAACGUGGAGUAGUCAAUGGAGUGCAAAGCUCGAUGAAUUACCUGAUGGAUCUGGUACAUUUCAUCAUGGUCAUUCUUGCUCCGCAGCCUCAACAGUUUGGGCUCCUGGUUAUCAUCUCGAUUCUGUUUGUGAUCGCUGGACACACCAUGUAUUUUUUUUAUACCAAAAAAUAUAAAAGCAAAGAGAGGGAAUCACCAAAUACUCCUGCCUGA